AUGGCGAAGGAGCAUUCGGGCUCGCCGAAGCUCCUCCAUCUGGAGCUGAAGAAGCGCCGCCUCACCUCCGUCCUCGGGGUGAGCGCCCUCUGCGUCGUCUUCUACAUCCUCGGCGCCUGGCACAACGCCUCGUCCUCUUCCAAUCCCCCCGCCGCCGCCCUCUCCAAAACCGGCUGCCCCACCGCUACCUCCUCUUCUUCCUCCUCCUCGGCGGCGGCGGCCGAGGUGAGCUUGGACUUCGCGGCGCACCACAUGGUGGUGAUCAACGAGACGGCCGCCGCCUCCGCCGCCGGGGAGUUCCCCGCCUGCGACAUGAGCUUGAGCGAGUACACGCCAUGCCAGGACCCGAAGAGGUCGAGGAAGUUCGAGAGGAGGAUGUUGAUUUACAGGGAGCGGCACUGCCCGGAGGAGGAGGAGCGGCUCCGGUGCCUGAUACCGGCGCCGCCGCGGUACAAGAAGCCCUUCCGGUGGCCGGAGAGCAGGGACUACGCCUGGUACGACAACAUCCCGCACAGGGAGCUGAGCAUCGAGAAGGCGGUGCAGAACUGGAUCCAGGUCGACGGCGACCGCUUCCGCUUCCCCGGCGGCGGCACCAUGUUCCCCCGCGGCGCCGACGCCUACAUCGACGACAUCGCCGCCCUCAUCCCUCUCGCCAGCGGCUCCAUCCGCACCGCCCUUGACACCGGCUGCGGCGUAGUCCCCCCACGAUCUCCAUCUCCAUCCCCGAUCUGUCUUCUUCUUCUUCUUCCUGCAACUCUGAACUUUGUUCGCAGGUGGCGAGCUGGGGGGCGUAUCUGCUGAAGAGGAACAUCCUGGCCAUGUCCUUCGCGCCGAGGGACACCCACGAGGCGCAGGUCCAGUUCGCCCUCGAGCGCGGCGUUCCCGCCAUGAUCGGCAUCAUGGCCUCCCAGCGCCUCCCCUACCCCACCCGCGCCUUCGACAUGGCCCACUGCUCCCGCUGCCUCAUCCCCUGGUUCGAAUACGGUGCCAAUCAUCCUCAUCUCUCUACUGUAACUUCUCUUUCUCUCUUUCUCUCUCUACUGUAACUUGCUCUCUCUCUCUCUCUCGCUCUCUACUGUAACUUGCUCUGCAGAGGGGCUGUACCUGAUGGAGGUGGACAGGGUGCUGCGGCCGGGGGGGUACUGGAUCCUCUCCGGCCCGCCGAUUCGGUGGAGAAAGUACCACAAGGGCUGGGAGAGGACCCCCGAGGACCUCCACCAUGAGCAGGACAAGAUCGAGGCCCUCGCCCGCCGCCUCUGCUGGACCAAGGUCGUCGAGAAGGACGACCUCGCCGUCUGGCAGAAGCCCCUCACCCACCUCCUCUGCAACUCCUCCAAUUCCCCCCCCUUCUGCUCCUCUGACGCCGAUGCCGACGCCGCCUGGUAGGAGCCACCCACCCAUCCUCUUCUUCCUCCUCCUCCGGCGCCGGCGACGGCGACCCACCGUGGUUUCUGGGUUUUUGGGUUGUUUACAGGUACAGGAAGAUGGAGAAGUGCAUCACGCCGCUGCCGGAGGAGGGCCGCGGGGAACUGGAGAGGUGGCCGGAGAGGAGCAAGGCGGUGCCGCCGCGGGUGGUGCGCGGCGCCGUGGCGGGGGUUACGGCGGAGGGGUUCCUGGAGGACGGCCGGCGGUGGGCGGAGCGGGUGGCGUACUACCAGCGGCUGGCACCGGCGCUGGCGGAAGGGCGCUACCGGAACGUGAUGGACAUGAACGCCGGGCUGGGAGGCUUCGCGGCUGCGCUGGCGGCGCUGCCGGUGUGGGUUAUGAACGUCGUCCCGGCGGGCGGCGCGGAGGUGGCCGACACCCUGGGGGCCGUGUUCGAGAGGGGCUUCAUCGGGACAUACCAGGACUGGUGCGAGGCCUUCUCCACUUACCCCAGGACCUACGACCUCCUCCACGCCCACCGCCUCUUCUCCCUCUAUCUCCACAGGUCAGAGAACAGCACAGAAACAGAAACAAGAGAGAGAAACAGGAGAGAGAAAGUAGACCAGACCCUUUUCAUGUCUUUGCUCUCUUUCGUCCGUUGUGCAGGUGCGAGAUGAGUGAGAUACUGCUGGAGAUGGAUCGGAUGCUGAGGCCGGAGGGGGCGGUGGUGGUGAGGGACGAGGUGGCGGUGCUGGUGAAGGUGCAGGGGAUGGCCGAGAAAAUGAGGUGGAGGACCCAGAUCUUCGACCACGAGACCGGCCCCUUCAACCCCGAGAAGAUCCUCGUCGCCGUCAAGACCUACUGGACCGGCGGCGCAGCCCGCGACCCCCUCAAACAGUAG